UGGUUAUCUAGCAGCAAUGACAAAUCUACAAGUAUUAGACCUCAGCUUCAAUAAAUUGAGUGGCAUAAUCCCUAGCUCCUUCAGCAGUCUGGAAGUGGUGGAUUAUAUCUAUCUGACUGGAAACCAAUUGACUGGAGCAGUCCCUGAUUGGAUCCUGAAGAGUGAAAAAAAUGUUGAUCUAUCAUACAACAACUUCGAAGCUAAAGGCUCAGGAUGUGAAGAAGGAUCUGUCAACUUGUUCGCAAGCUUGGUGGUUGACAAUAUAACCUCAUCUCCUGCCACAAGUGGGCUUGCCGCAUGUUCGAAAGGUCAACAUUGUCCAAAAAAUUUGCAUAAUCUCUUCAUAAAUUGCGGUGGGAGCGAAGUAACAAUAGGGAACAACACGUACAGUGCUGAUCGAGGGCCGCUUGCAGCUGCUUUCAGUUCCUUCCCAAGUGGACGUUACUGGGGCUACAGUGGCACUGGCCACUUCCCUGAUGACGAAAUUGAAUUGGAUGAAUAUAUAGCUGACAAUGAACCCGUACUGUCCAUGGACAAUGCCCAGCUUUACAUACAUGCACGGCUCUCUCCAAUAUCUCUAACUUAUUAUGCUUUUUGUCUGAUGAACGGGACCUACAAUGUAAGCCUUCAUUUUGCGGAGAUAAUGUUCACAGGCAGUAAAAGUUAUAGAAGCCUUGGAAGGCGAGCUUUUAAUGUUUAUAUACAGGGUAUAUUGGUGUGGAAAGAUUUCAACAUUGCGAUUGAAGCAGGUGGUGGAAAGGAGGUCAUAAGAAAUUUUACUGCCAACGUGAACAAGAGCACUCUGGAGAUACGCUUAUAUUGGGCUGGGAAAGGAACCAACGCUAUACCUAGGAAAGUCGUCUAUGGUCCUCUUAUAUCUGCUAUCUCCGUCUAUCCUGACUUUGAUCCCUCACUAGAAUUGCCCAAUUCACCAGAUUCAACCAGCAUAUCUGCUGGCACAGUGGUCGGGAUUGUGGCUACUAUAGUUUUUGUAGUUUUUCUUAUCCUGGUUAUCCUUUGGUGGAGAGGACGUCUUGGACGUGAAGAUGGAAUGGCACAAGAUUUGAAGGUUCUAGCAUUGCAAAUUGGUUCAUUUACCUUGCGACAGAUUAAAGCUGUCACAAACAAUUUUGAUGCUGCUAAUAAGAUUGGAGAAGGUGGUUUUGGUUCUGUGUACAAGGGUCUUUUGUCAGAUGGCACAACUAUAGCAGUGAAGCAGCUUUCAUCCAAAUCCAAGCAAGGAAAUCGCGAGUUUGUGACUGAGAUUGGGAUGAUUUCUGCUCUUCAACAUCCGCAUCUUGUGAAACUCUAUGGAUGCUGCGUUGAAGGAAAUCAACUUUUGCUAGUUUAUGAGUACAUGGAAAAUAACAGUCUUGCUCGUGCUUUAUUUGGUCCUGAAGAAUUUCAGUUAAAAUUGGAUUGGUGGACAAGGCACAAGAUAUGUGUGGGUAUUGCCAGGGGCUUGGCAUAUCUUCAUGAAGAAUCAAGGCUAAAGAUUGUGCAUAGAGACAUCAAAGCUACCAAUGUUUUACUGGAUAAGGAUCUCAACGCUAAAAUAUCAUAUUUUGGUUUAGCAAAGCUUGAUGAGGAGGACAACACGCAUAUUAGCACCAAGAUUGCUGGAACUUAUGAAUAUUUGGCACCUGAGUACGCAAUGCAUGGUUACCUCACCAACAAAGCUGACAUUUAUAGUUUUGGCAUCGUUGCCUUAGAAGUUGUUAGUGGCUAGAGCAACACUGGUUCCCAAAAAAAUGAGGAAUGCUUUUAUAUACUCGAUUGGGCACGCUUUUUGAAGGAGAGAGGAAAUUUGAUUGAUCUAGUUGAUCGGAGGCUCGGUUCUCACUUUGACGAAGAGGAGGCGCUGCCAUUGAUAAAGGUAGCUCUCAUGUGCACUAAUGCGACUCCAGCACUUAGGCCACCGAUGUCGUCUGUGGUUAGCAUGCUUGAAGGCAAGGUUGCCAUUCCGGUGCUGGACUCCGAGGGCGCUAUCAUGACUGAGGAGAAAAUUGACGCCAUGAGGAAGCAUUUUAGAGGUGACGAACAUCAGGCACUUGGUGAGAAUAUCACCAAGAGUAUGUCCCCUGAUGGGCCAUGGACUGGAACCGCUUCGUCUGCAUCCGCGAAUGAUCUCUAUCCAAUACUUCUGGAUACUGAUUGGCAGAAGAGAGAGUAAGAAAUGGUUUGUUUUGUUCUAAGUAAAUUAGUUCUCGAAAGAACUGGGGCUUUAGCUCUUAAAUUUCUCUCCUAAGUUUCUGGUUCGCUUACGUUUGAAACUGAAGGUAUAUAUAAUAUAAAG